AUGAUAUUGCUUGCGGGUGUGGGUAUUCCCGGGGUGAUAAUCCGAUUUGGAGGCAUACACCUCGAUCCCGCGCUGGAAUCGCUCAUAUUCGGAGUUGGGAUCAUCGGCGCAGCGUUCCUGCUGUCAUGGGCGGCUGAAGUUGCGCAGUUGGAUGUGUCGGCGUCUUUCGCGAUUGCCGUGCUAGCGCUCAUUGCUGUGAUGCCGGAGUACAUGGUGGAGGCAGUGCUUGCGUGGGACGCGGGCGAGUCUUACAGGCAGUUGGCAGUAGCCCAGGGUGAAGUGACGAAGGAAAUGUCGCUUGCCGCCGCGAAUGUUACAGGCGCAAACCGUCUGCUCAUUGGGGUCGGCUGGUCGGCCGUGAUCAUCAUCUUCUGGCUGAAGCGGCGCAGCGGAUUCGACAUGCGCGGCUUGCUGAAACUGGAACUGCCUAUGCUGGUGGUUGCCACACUGCUGACGAUACUCGUCGCGUUCUCCAAGGCGAUACCGAUAUGGCUUGCCGUGGUCUUCAUUGGCGCGUACAUCUUCUACCUGUGGCGGAGUUCAACACAGGAAUCGGAGGAGCCGGACCUGCUGGGCGCUGCGGCGAUGAUAGCGAGCUUCCGUCCAUUGUACCGGCGCCUUUGGGUGCUGGGACUGUUUAUAUUCAGCGCGGGGAUUAUCCUGAUAGCGGCGGAGCCGUUCGUACACGGGCUGAGGGCAACGGGCGAGGAACUGGGCAUCAGCGAGUUUCUGCUGAUACAGUGGCUUGCGCCGCUGGCGUCGGAGUCGCCGGAGAUAAUCGUGGCGGUGCUCUUUGCCCUGCGAGCGAAUCCGAACGACGGAUUGACAACUCUCAUCUCGUCGCAGGUGAACCAGCUUACAUUGCUGGUGGGCAGCAUAGUGGUGGUGUUCAGCAUUUCGUCAGGACAGAUUCUGAGCUUCCCGCUCGACUAUUUUGAGGGCGGGUUCGUUGAGAGGCUGACAAGUCCAUUCGGACUGCAGUCGAGCGAGUUCCUGCUGACGGCGGCGGCUUCCACAUUUGCGAUUCUGCUAAUCUCAACGCGCAUCAUUAAGUUAUGGCACGGGAUUGCGCUGCUAGGGAUAUUCGUGGCGUAUAUGACGACGCUGCUGGCGUUCCCGGGCUUAUUCGGCGGCGGUGACGGUGUUGAGAAUGUGCCGCUGCGGAUGUGGUCUUCUAUCAUAAUCUUCGGUCUGUCCGUGGUGCUGGUGGCGAUGAACUGGCGGCGGGUGGUGUAUGUGUUCAGGGGUGUGCCGCAUCCUGAUGGAGUUGAGGACUGA